GUGCUGACCUGGAAGGCAUUCAUGGGCAGCUGACAUCCAGGAGGGUCAGAAACCUGCUGGAGGUGCUGGAGAGAGUGCAGAGCAUCUACGUGCCAGCCUUCCAAAGCAUGCUCAUGGAUGUGGAGGCAGCUCUGAGUGAAGCUCAGGACAUCGACCUGCACCUGACAGCCCUGCAGCAGCCCCUGGAGCACCUCGAGGCUGUUGAGUUCAGCAAGGUGAAGCCUCUGCUGGUGCCCCUGCUGCACCUGGUGUGCUGGGUCUGGGUCAGCUGCAAGCACUACAGCGUGCCCCUGAGGCUGGUGGUGCUGCUCCAGGAGAUCUGCAACCUCCUCAUCCAGCAGGCCGUGGUGUACCUGUCCCCAGAAGACCUGCUGAAAGGAGAGGUGGAGGAGAGCCUGGGCAAGGUGCACACAGUGUUUGACACCCUGAGUGCCUUCAAAGGGGCGCUGGAGGAGAGAAGGGCAAACCUGCAGGUGUACUAUGAGCCAGGCCAGCAAGUGAGGAGCUGGGACUUCUCCUCCAGGCUGGUGUUUGUAAGGCUGGACAGCUUCCUGCAGAGGCUGCAGGUGGUGAAGGGCCUCCUGACCACAGCCCUGGACCUGGCAGAGCUGGAGAAGAUUGAGUUUGGGGGAAUGAGAGGGAAGGCCCUGGGCCAGCAGGUGCUGGACAUGCAUGAGGAGUUCCAGGAGAGCUACCAGGUGUUCUCAGAGCGAGCCUACGACUGCCUGGACCUGGCCAACGUGGAGUUUGAGCAGGAUGCCCUGGACUUCAGGCAGAAGGUGCAGGACAUUGACCAUCGGCUGGGCACCGUGUUCAGCCAGGCCUUCAGCGACGCCCCGGACCUGGAGCACAUCUUCAAGCUGCUGGCCAUGUUCCGGAACCUUCUGGAGCGCCCUGGGAUUGCUGCAGUUGCUGCUGACAAGGUCCCUGUCCUGCUCAGCAUGUUCAGCAGUGCCCUGGACCAGGCCAGGCUCACCUUCAGCAGGCACACCCAGGCAGGGCAGCAGCUCGGGUUCCCCCCCCUGCACAAGAACGUCCCUCCCGUGGCCGGAGCGCUGGGCUGGGCGCGGGAGCUGCGGGCGCGGAUCCAGGGCCCCUUGGAGCACCUCAGGCACGUCCCAGGGCUGAGCUUGGACUCUGCCCGUGGAAGAAGGGUGGUGCAGAAAUAUGAAGAAAUGAUCCAGCUGCUCGACAGCUAUCAGGAAAAGCUGUAUUUGGACUGGUCCCAGACAGUCUCAGAGAAAUCCCAGUACAACCUGGCUCAGCCUCUCAUCCGCCGAGAUGCACAGACCAAACUGAUCACGGUCAAUUUUGAUCCCCAGCUGGUGGCUGUGCUCAGGGAGGUGAGCUACCUGAGGAGCAGCGGGGCAGGAGCCAUCCCCCCAGCAGCAGCUGAGCUCUAUUCCUGCAAGGAAUCCUUCUGGCAGCUGGUGGCCAGCCUGGAGCUGAUGGAGAAGAGCUACAACAAGGUCCUGAGGUCUGUGCUGGAGGUGGAAUAUCCUCUGGUGCAGGGGCAGCUGCAGGACAUCGACUUGAAGCUGAGAGAGGCAGAAGAAACGCUGACCUGGAAGACGGAGGGUGUCUGGGAUCACAUCUCCGGGGUGGUGGGUGAUGUCUGUGACCUGGAGCAGAGGGUGCAGAAGGCCAAGGACAACGUUGAGGAGAUCCAGAGCAUCGUGCACUCGUGGGGGUCGCCCAUGCUGGAGAGGAGGGAUUCCAAAAGGGAGGCAGUGCUGAGCCUGGAGGAGUGCCAGGAGCGCCUGGAACGGCGCUACAGCCUGGUCAGGGAGUGUGGCCAGAGGAUCCACUCCCUGGUGGAGGAAAACCAGAGCCUCCUACGUGCAGCCCCAGCCUCUGAUGCCUGGAAGGUGUAUUUGGAUUAUGUGGAUGAGAUAGUCCUGGAUGGAUUCAUCACAGCCAUUGAGUGCUCCCUGAAAUACCUCCUGGAGAACACAGAUCCCAAGGCAGGGCUCGCUCCCCUCUUUGAGGUGCAGCUGGAUUUGGUGAUCCCAGAUUUGGUGUUUCGCCCUCCCUUGGACCCUGGUGCCAACGAUGGCUUCUGUGACAUGGUGGAAAGUCUUCUCCAGGGCAUCUACCACAUCUCCUCGCUGGUGCCCCGGCUGGCUGCACACAGGGGCUUCUGCCACUACCAGGCUGCCCUGGAGGCCAUGCCCUCUCUGUGCCCGUGGCGCCAAGAGCUGCUGGCCCGCGCUCAGGCGGCGGCGGCCGCGUGCCGCGAGCACCGCGCGGGGCUGGAGCGGCGCUUCUUGCACCUCCUCGGGGAGGACAGGAGGGAGCUGGACAUCGAGGAGGGGCUCCCCGAGGCGCCGGCCACGCUGCAGCAGUUCAGGGAGCAGCUGGGCUCCUACGAGCAGCUCUAUGAGGAGGUGGCUGGCAUGCAGCCCCUCUGCACCUUCCAGGGCUGGCUGAGGCUGGAUGCACGGCCAUUCAAGGUGGCCUUGCUCAAUGAGAUUAAAAGGUGGAGCUUGGUGUUCAAGCAGCACCUCCUGGACCAUGUCACGCACAGCUUGGCUGACCUGGACGAGUUCAUCCAAACUGCCGAGAAAGGGUUGAGCAGAAAGGUGGAGAAAGGUGACUACAGUGGCUUGGUGGAGGUCAUGGGUCACCUGCUGGCUGUAAAGGAACGUCACAGUGCCACUGAUGCCAUGUUUGAGCCCCUGAAGGAGACCAUUGAGCUGCUGAGGGCCUACGAGCAGCAGCUGCCUGAGGAAGUGCACCAGCAGCUGGAGGAGCUGCCAGAGAAGUGGAGCCAGGUGAAGAAGCUGGCCCAGGCCGUGAAGCAGCAGGUGGCCCCUCUGCAGGCGGGCGAGGUGACAGCGCUGCGCCAGAGCUGCGCCGCCUUCGACGCCCAGCAGCAGCGGCUCCGGGAGCGCUUUGCCAGGGAGGCUCCCUUCAGGUUUGACACCGAAAAGCCUUAUCAACUGCUGGAUGCAAAGCACAUGGAGAUUAAAGAGAUGGAGUCAGCCAUGACCUCGAUUUAUGAAUCAGCUGGUCUGUUUGAAGUCAUGGUGCCAGAGUAUAAACAGCUGAAGCAGUGCAGGAAGGAGCUGUGUCUGCUCAAAGAGCUCUGGGACAUGAUCUCCCUGGUGAACACCAGCCUUGAAGACUGGCAGACCACCAGAUGGGUGAACAUUAAUGUGGAGAACAUGGAUCUGGAGUGCAAGAAGUUUGCAAGAGAGAUUCGGAAUUUGGACAAGGAAAUGAGGGCGUGGGAUGCUUUCAGCGGGCUGGACAGCAAGGUGAAGAACAUGCUGACAGCCCUCAAGGCUGUGGCAGAACUUCAAAAUCCUGCCAUCAGGGAGAGGCACUGGAACCAGCUGAUGCAGGUGACGGGCGUGAGGUUUGUGAUGGACUCGGACACCACCCUGGCUGACCUCCUCAAGCUCAACCUGCAUGAAUUUGAGGGGGAGGUCCAUGGCAUUGUGGACAAAGCAGUGCGAGAAAUGAGCAUGGAGAAGGUGCUGAAGGAGCUGAGGGUGACCUGGAGCUCCAGGGAGUUUCAGUAUGAGCCUCACCCCCGCACCCACACCCCCUUGCUGAAGUCAGAUGAGGAGCUCAUUGAAACUCUAGAAGACAACCAGGUGCAGCUGCAGAAUUUGAUGUCAUCCAAGUACAUUGCCUUCUUCCUGGAGGAGGUGUCUGCCUGGCAGAGGAAGCUCUCCACUGCUGACUCUGUCAUCUCCCUCUGGUUCGAGGUGCAGCGCACCUGGUCUCACCUGGAGAGCAUUUUCAUAGGCUCAGAAGACAUCCGGGCACAGCUGCCCCAGGAUUCCAAACUUUUUGAAGGCAUUGAUGUGGAUUUUAAAGAACUGGCCUAUGAAGUUCAGAAAACCCCAAAUGUGGUUGAAGCCACCAAUAAACCAGGUCUGUCCCAACAGCUGGAGGACAUCCAGAGCAGGUUGUCUCUGUGUGAGAAGGCUUUGGCUGAAUAUUUGGACAUGAAAAGGUUGGCUUUUCCCAGAUUUUACUUCAUUUCUUCUGCAGAUUUACUGGAUAUUCUUUCCAACGGCACCAACCCACAGCUGGUGCAGCGUCACCUUUCCAAACUCUUUGACAACUUGGCCAGGCUGAAAUUCCAGGUGGACUCUGAGCAGAAGACAACCAAGGUUGGCCUGGGAAUGUACAGCAGAGAGGAGGAAUAUGUCCAGUUCAGUGAACCCUGUGACUGCAGUGGGCAGGUGGAGGUGUGGCUGGCUCGCCUGCUGGACACCAUGAGGGCCACGGUGAGGGAUGGCAUGGGCGCGGCUGUGGCAGCCUACGAGGACAAGCCCAGGGACCAGUGGCUCUUUGACCACCCUGCCCAGGUGGCUCUCUGCUGCACCCAGAUCUGGUGGACAGCUGAGGUGGGCAUGGCCUUCUCCAGGAUGAAGGAGGGCUACGAGAAGGCCAUGAAGGAGUACCACAAGAAGCAGGUGGCCCAGCUGAACACGCUGGUGACCAUGCUGCUGGGGCAGCUCUCCAGGGGCGACAGGCAGAAGAUCAUGACCGUCUGCACCAUCGACGUGCACGCGCGGGACGUGGUGGCCAAGAUGAUAGCACAGAAGGUGGACAAUGGCCAGGCCUUCGUGUGGCUGGCGCAGCUGCGGCACCGCUGGUCGGACGAGGAGCGGCACUGCUGGGCCAACAUCUGUGAUGCUCAGUUCCUCUACUGCUACGAGUACCUGGGCAACACCCCCCGGCUGGUCAUCACCCCCCUGACCGACAGGUGUUACAUCACCCUGACCCAGUCCCUGCACCUGACCAUGAGUGGGGCUCCUGCAGGCCCUGCUGGCACUGGCAAGACAGAGACCACCAAGGACCUGGGCCGAGCCCUGGGCAUCAUGGUCUACGUGUUCAACUGCUCCGAGCAGAUGGACUACAAGUCCUGUGGGAAUAUUUACAAAGGCCUUUCCCAGACAGGAGCCUGGGGCUGUUUUGAUGAAUUUAACAGGAUCUCAGUUGAGGUCCUUUCUGUGGUUGCUGUACAGGUGAAGAGCGUGCAGGAUGCCAUUAGGGAGAAGAAGAAAUCCUUCAAUUUUCUUGGAGAAGACAUUAGCUUAGUCCCCUCAGUUGGGAUUUUCAUCACCAUGAACCCUGGUUAUGCAGGACGAACCGAGCUACCUGAGAAUUUAAAAGCUCUCUUCAGGCCCUGUGCCAUGGUUGUGCCAGACUUUGAGCUGAUCUGUGAGAUUAUGUUGGUGGCUGAGGGCUUCCUCCAGGCCCGGGCCCUGGCCAGGAAAUUCAUCACGCUCUACCAACUCUGCAAGGAGCUCCUGUCCAAGCAGGACCACUAUGACUGGGGUCUGCGGGCCAUCAAGUCGGUGCUGGUGGUGGCCGGCUCCCUGAAGCGCGCGGACCCCGAGCGGCCCGAGGAGCAGGUCCUGAUGCGCUCCCUCCGCGACUUCAACAUCCCCAAGAUCGUGACAGACGACGUGCCAGUGUUCCUGGGGCUCAUCGGGGACCUGUUCCCUGCCCUGGACGUGCCUCGCAAGCGUGACCUGGAUUUUGAGGCCGUGGUGAAGGAGGCUGUGCUGGAGCUGCGGCUGCAGCCUGAGGACAACUUUGUGCUCAAAGUGGUGCAGCUGGAGGAGCUGCUCAGUGUCCGGCACUCCGUGUUCGUGGUGGGGGCUGCAGGCACAGGCAAGUCCCAGGUGCUGAGGUCCCUGCACAAAACCUACCAGAGGAUGAAGCGCCGGCCUGUGUGGACAGACCUCAACCCCAAAGCAGUCACCAAUGAUGAGCUCUUUGGCAUCAUUAACCCAGCAACGAGAGAGUGGAGAGAUGGGCUGUUUUCAUCAAUCAUGAGAGAGCUGGCCAACAUCUCACAUGAUGGUCCCAAGUGGAUGGUACUAGAUGGAGAUAUUGAUCCAAUGUGGAUUGAAUCUCUGAACACUGUGAUGGAUGAUAAUAAGGUGCUGACCCUGGCCAGCAACGAGAGGAUCCCUCUGAACCCCACGAUGAGGCUGCUGUUUGAGAUCAGCCACCUGCGCACGGCCACCCCGGCCACCGUGUCCCGGGCAGGGAUCCUGUACAUCAACCCCUCAGACCUGGGCUGGAAUGCCCCCGUGAGCAGCUGGAUUGACCGGCGGGAGGUGCAGUCGGAGAGGGCCAACCUGACCAUUCUGUUUGACAAGUACCUGCCCCUUUGCCUGGACACCCUGAGAGCCAGAUUUAAGAAGAUUAUUCCCAUUCCUGAGCAGAGCAUGGUUCAGAUGCUGUGUUACCUCCUGGAAUGCCUCCUGACAGAGGACAACACACCUCCUGACUGUCCCAAGGAGCUUUAUGAACUUUACUUUGUCUUUGCUGCUGUCUGGGCCUUUGGUGGCUCCAUGUUCCAGGACCAGCUGGUGGACUACAGAGUGGAGUUCAGCAAGUGGUGGGUGGCAGAAUUCAAGACAAUCAAGUUCCCUUCUCACGGCACAGUCUUUGACUUCUACGUUGAUCCAGAAACAAAGAAGUUUGAGCCUUGGUCUAAACUUAUUCCCCAGUUUGAAUUUGAUCCAGAGGUGCCACUGCAGGCCUGCCUGGUGCCCACGGCCGAGACGGUUCGGGUGCGGUUCCUGGUGGCCAGGCUGCUGCAGCGCCGGCGCCCCGUGCUGCUGGUGGGCACUGCAGGCACGGGCAAGUCUGUGCUGCUGGGGGACACGCUCUGCUCGCUGGACACCGACGCCUUCCUGGUCAAGAAGGUCCCCUUUAACUACUACACCACCUCUGCCAUGCUGCAAGGUGUGCUGGAGAAGCCUCUGGAGAAAAAGGCUGGCAGGAAUUACGGCCCCCCAGGCACCAAGAGGCUGGUGUACUUCAUGGAUGACCUGAACAUGCCCCAGGUGGACGCCUACGGCACCGUGCAGCCCCACACCCUGCUCAGGCAGCACCUGGACUAUGGCCACUGGUAUGACAGGAGCAGGCUGUCCCUGAAGGAGAUCAGCAACGUGCAGUACGUGUCCUGCAUGAACCCCACUGCAGGGAGCUUCACCAUCAACCCCCGGCUCCAGCGUCACUUCUGUAUCUUCGCUCUCUCCAACCCUGACCAGGACUCCUUGUCCAGGAUCUACAGCACCAUCUUGGUGCAGCACCUGGCCAGUGGGAACUUCUCAGAGGCUGUGCAAAAAUCAGCCCAGCAGCUCAUUGCCCUGGCCCUGGGGCUGCACCAGAAGGUGGCUGCCACUUUCCUGCCAACAGCUGUCAAGUUCCACUACGUCUUCAACCUCAGAGACUUCUCCAAUAUCUUCCAAGGCCUGCUGUUCUCUACCCCUGAAUGCCUGAAGCAGCCCCAAGACCUGGUGAAGCUCUACCUGCACGAGUCCAACCGGGUGUACCGGGACAGGAUGGUUGAGGAAGUGGAUUGGGACACUUUUGAUAAAAUCCAGCAGGAGAUGGUGAAGAAAUGCUACGACGUAAGUGACAUUGAGGGCACUUUAGAGCAGGCCAAACACAUGAAUAUUUACUGCCAUUUUGCCAAAGGCCUUGGGGAGCCUGGCUACAGGCCAGUUCCAAGUUGGGAAGAGCUGAACCAGAUCCUCGUGGAAGCCUUGGAGAGCUACAAUGAAGUCAACGCCGCCAUGGACCUGGUACUGUUUGAGGAUGCCAUGAGCCACGUCUGCCGCAUCAGCCGCAUCCUGGAGGCGCCGCGGGGGAACGCGCUCCUGGUCGGCGUGGGAGGCACGGGCAAGCAGAGCCUGACCCGCCUGGCUGCCUUCCUCAGCGCCCUGGAGGUCUUCCAGAUCACCCUGAGGAAAGGCUACGGCGUCCCUGACCUCAAGGCAGACCUGGCAAACCUGUACCUGAAGGCUGGGCUGAAGAGCGUGGGCUCCGUGUUCCUGCUGAGCGACGCGCAGGUGGCGGAUGAGCAAUUCCUGGUGCUGGUCAACGACUUCCUGGCAUCAGGGGAAAUCCCGGAUCUCUUCCCUGAUGAUGAAGUGGAAAACAUCAUCAGCAGUGUGAGGAAUGAAGUCAGGGGCCGGGGGCUGGUGGAUUCCAGGGAGAAUUGCUGGAGGUUUUUCAUCGAGCGCGUCCGACGGCAGCUGAAGGUGGCUCUGUGCCUGUCCCCCGUGGGCCCCAAGCUGCGCCUCCGCAGCCGCCGCUUCCCGGCGCUGGCCAGCUGCACCACCAUGGACUGCUUCCAGCCCUGGCCCCGCCAGGCCCUGGAGUCCGUCAGCCUGCGCUUCCUGCGGGACAUGGACAGCCUGCAGGAUUCAGUCAAGGAUUCAAUAAGCAAAUUCAUGGCCCACGUCCACAUCAGUGUCAACGAGGUGUCCCGGCUGUACCUCAGCAACGAGCGCCGCUACAACUACACCACCCCCAAGUCCUUCCUGGAGCAAAUCAAACUCUACCAGAGCCUGCUGCUGAGCAAGGACAAGGAGCUAAAGGCAAAAAUGGAGCGCCUGGAGAACGGCCUGGAGAAGCUCAAGAGCACCUCUGCACAGGUGGAUGAGCUGAAGGCCAAGCUGGCAGCCCAGGAGGUGGAGCUGAAGCAGAAGAACGAGGAUGCUGACAAGCUGAUCCAGGUGGUGGGGGUGGAGACGGAGAAGGUGAGCAGGAAGAAGGCUGUGGCUGACGAGGAGGAGCGGAAGGUGGCCCUCAUUGCCCAGGAGGUGGAGCAGAAGCAGAAGGACUGUGAGGAGGACCUGGCCAAGGCUGAGCCUGCCCUGGCAGCUGCCCAGGCUGCUCUCAACACCCUCAACAAGACCAAUCUGACGGAGCUGAGGUCCUUUGGGUCACCUCCUUCUGCUGUCAGCAACGUCACAGCAGCCGUGAUGGUGCUGACGGCCCCGGGAGGGAAGAUCCCCAAGGACAGGAGCUGGAAAGCAGCCAGAGUGGCCAUGGCAAGGGUAGACAGCUUCCUGGACUCCUUGAUCAAGUUCAACAAGGAGAACAUCCAUGAGAACUGCCUCAAAGCCCUGCAGCCCUAUCUGCAAGACCCCAAGUUCAACCCCGAGUUCGUGGCCACCAAGUCGGCGGCGGCAGCCGGGCUGUGCUCGUGGGUGCUGAACAUCGAGCGCUUCCACCGCGUGUUCUGCGAGGUGCAGCCCAAGAGGCAGGCUCUGGACAGGGCCAACGCUGAGCUGGCAGCAGCCCAGGACAAGCUGGCCACUGUCAAGGCCAAAAUUGCUCGCCUCAACGAGAACCUGGGCAAGCUCACAGCCAGGUUUGAGAAGGCCACCUCAGACAAACUCAGGUGCCAGCAGGAAGCUGAAGCCACAGCCUGCACCAUCACCCUUGCCAACCGCCUGGUUGGGGGACUGGCCUCUGAAAACGUGAGAUGGACUGAGGCCGUGAAGGACUUCAAACAGCAGCAGAGCACCUUGUGUGGAGAUGUCCUGCUGGUCACAGCCUUUGUCUCCUACCUGGGCUACUUCACCAGGAAAUACCGCCAGGAGCUCCUGGAUGGCAUCUGGAGGCCCUAUUUGCACCAGCUCAAAGUGGCAGUGCCGGUGACGCCGCGGCUGGAGCCGCUGGCCCUGCUGGCGGACGAGGCGGCCGUGGCGGCCUGGCGGAACCAGGGCCUGCCGGCCGACCGCACGUCCAGCGAGAACGCCGCCAUCCUCAGCAGCUGCCAGCGCUGGCCCCUCCUGGUGGACCCCCAGCUGCAGGGCAGCAAGUGGAUCAAGAACACCCACGGGGACCGGCUCCGCGUGAUCCGAGCCGGGCAGAAAGGGUAUCUGGACACACUGGAACAAGCCCUGGCUGCUGGAGACCUGGUUUUGAUUGAGAACCUGGAGGAAUCUGUGGAUCCUGUGCUGGGGCCUCUACUGGGGCGAGAAACAAUCAAGAAAGGCAGGUACAUCAAGAUUGGGGACAAGGAGUGUGCCUUGCACCCUGCCUUCCGUCUGAUCCUGCACACCAAGCUGGCAAACCCCCACUUCCAGCCCGAGCUGCAGGCCCAGUGCACCCUCAUCAACUUCUCUGUCACCCGCGACGGCCUCGAGGAGCAGCUGCUGGCAGCCGUGGUGCGCCUGGAGAGACCCGACCUGGAGGAGCUGAAGUCAGAUCUCACAAAGCAACAGAAUGGAUUCAAGAUCACCUUGAAAACGUUGGAGGACAAUUUGCUCUCUCGGCUGUCAUCAGCAUCUGGGAAUUUCCUGGGAGACACAGCCUUGGUGGAGAACCUGGAGAGCACUAAGAGGACAGCUGCAGAGAUUGUGGAGAAGGUGCAGGAGUUUAAGGUGACAGAAGGCAGGAUUAACGAGGCCAGGGAGCAGUACAGGCCGGCGGCCUGCCGCGCCGCCAUGCUCUACUUCACCAUGAACGAGCUGCACGCCGUGCACCCCAUGUACCAGUUCUCCCUCAAGGCGUUCCAGGUGGUGUUCCAGAAGGCCAUGGAGAGGGCAGCUCCUGCAGAGAGUCUGGCAGGGCGGGUGCUGAGCCUCACGGACAGCAUCACCUUCUCCGUGUUCCAGUACACGGCCCGGGGGCUCUUCGAGAGGGACAAACUGACCUUCAGUGCCCAGCUCACCUUCCAGAUACUUCUGAUGAAUAAAGAAAUCGACCCAGCAGAACUGGAUUUCCUGCUCAGAUACCCAGCACAGCCUGGAGUCACCAGCCCUGUGGAGUUCCUGUCUGACCAUGCCUGGGGAGGAAUCAAGGCUCUCUCAUCCAUGGAGGAAUUCAGAAACCUGGAUCGGGACAUUGAAGGCUCUGCCAAACGGUGGAAGAAAUUUGUUGAGUCUGAGUGUCCUGAGAAGGAGAGGUUCCCCCAGGACUGGAAGAACAAGUCAGCCCUGCAGCGCCUGUGCAUCCUGCGCGCCCUGCGGCCCGACCGCGUCCCCUGCGCCAUCAGAGAUUUUGUAGAAGAAAAGCUGGGCAGCAAAUACGUGGUAGGGAGAUCCCUGGAUUUUGCAACGACCUUUGAGGAAUCAGGGCCUGCCACCCCAAUGUUUUUUAUCCUGUCCCCAGGAGUGGACCCACUGAAGGAUGUGGAGAAACAUGGGAAGAAGCUGGGCUACACCUUCAACCACGGGAACCUCCACAACGUUUCCCUUGGACAAGGCCAGGAGGUGGUGGCUGAACAAGCUCUGGAUGUGGCUGCAAAGGAGGGUCACUGGGUCAUCCUCCAGAACAUCCACCUGGUGGCCAAGUGGCUGAGCUCCCUGGAGAAGAGGCUGGAGCAGCUCAGCCAGGGCAGCCACCGGGAUUUCCGCGUGUUCCUCAGCGCCGAGCCGGCGCCGUGCCCGGAGAGCCACAUCAUCCCCCAGGGCAUCCUGGAGAACUGCAUCAAAAUCACCAGCGAGGCACCCACGGGCAUGCACGCCAACCUGCACAAGGCCCUGGACAACUUCAGCCAGGACACCCUGGAGAUGUGCAGCCAGGAGAAGGAGUUCAGGAGCAUCCUCUUUGCCCUGUGCUAUUUCCAUGCGGUGGUGGCGGAACGGCGCAAGUUCGGCCCCCAGGGCUGGAACCGCCCGUACCCCUUCAGCACCGGGGACCUCACCAUCUCUGUCAACGUGCUCUACAACUACCUGCAGGCCAGCUCCAAGGUCCCCUACGAUGACCUGCGCUACCUCGUGGGUGAGAUCAUGUACGGAGGUCACAUCACGGAUGACUGGGACAGGCGGCUCUGCAGAACCUACCUGGAAGAGUUUAUCAAGCCAGAAAUGCUGGAGGGAGAGCUCUGCCUUGCUCCUGGAUUUCCUCUGCCAGGGAACAUGGAUUAUAAUGGCUAUCACCAGUACAUAGACGAUGCCCUGCCUCCAGAGUCCCCCUACCUGUACGGCCUCCACCCCAACGCCGAGAUCGGGUUCCUGACGCAGCGCUCGGAGCGGCUCCUGCGCACCGUGCUGGAGCUGCAGCCCCGGGACAGCAGCACGGGCCAGGGAGCUGUGGGCACCCAGGAGGAGAUGGUGCAAGCCCUUCUGGAGGAGAUGUUAGAGAAGCUCACGGAUGAGUUCAACAUGGCAGAGCUGCUGGCCAGGGUGGAGGAGAGGACUCCCUAUGCCGUGGUGGCCCUCCAGGAGUGCGAGCGCAUGAACGCGCUGACGGCCGAGCUGCGGCGCUCGCUGGCCGAGCUGGAGCUGGGCCUGAAGGGGGAGCUGACCAUGACCAGCGAGAUGGAGACCUUGCAGAGCUGCCUCUUCCUGGGCACGGUGCCCGAGUCCUGGCUGAGGAGAUCCUACCCUUCCACGGCCAGCCUGGCCUCGUGGUUUGCUGACCUGCUGGCCCGCAUCAGCGAGCUGGAGGCCUGGACCAGGGACUUCUCCUUGCCCUCCACGCUGUGGCUCGGAGGGUUCUUCAACCCGCAGUCCAUCCUGACGGCCGUCAUGCAGAGCACGGCCCGCAAGAACAGGUGGCCCCUGGACAGGAUGGCGCUGCAGUGUGACGUGACCAAGAAGAGCAGAGAGGACUUUGCCAGUGCUCCUCGUGAGGGGGCCUACGUGCACGGGCUGUUCAUGGAGGGAGCACGCUGGGAUGCUCAGGCUGGGACAAUCACGGAGGCCAGGCUCAAGGAGCUCACCCCGGCCAUGCCUGUCGUGUUCAUCAGGGCCGUUCCUGAUGACAAGCAGGACACCAGGGGCUUGUACCCCUGUCCUCUGUACAAAACUCGCCAGAGAGGCCCAACCUACGUGUGGACUUUUAACCUGAAAACCAAGGAGAACCCGUCCAAGUGGGUGCUCGCCGGGGUGGCCUUGCUGCUGCAGAUCUGAGGCACCAGCACAGCCCCUGGUCUGCAGAGCCCUCACAGGGUCACAGCAUUGAAACGAUGCAAUGCUGAGAUUAACCUGAGUUCCAUCUCUCUGACGAACUCCCAAGUUAUCUCUGUGUCCUGGGGAUGUGACCCAACAGGAUCUGUGAGGAGGUGACAGAGGUGUAGGGGGACACGGCCCAGGUUUGUGACUGCUGUACAUCAAUAUCCUGUACUUCCCACACUGCUGCAGUCUCAGGUUUCUGUGGUUGAAAUGGCUCCUGAGAUAUUUAAAAGGUUUUUUUCCCAGCCCCACACCUGAAGAAGAAGUCAAGACUCCUCAGCUCUGCUUUCCAAGGUUGUUUAUUUUCUCUUAUCUGUCCCAUUCUCUCUCUGCCCUGCUGAGAUCUGUCCAGCAGGUCGGGUUGUGGCUCAGUCCCUGCCCUUGGGCUGCUGUUGGCUUUUUAUAUAAAGAACUACCUGUGCUUUAUUUACAAUAAUUUCCCAAUCCCUGUCACCUGUGUCAGACAGUCUGUCUCUGCUCUAAACCAGUCCAGAAGUGCCACCAUCCCAGCAGGAGAGGGAGGACAAGAAGGAGAAGGACAGGACACACCCAGAUUCCUCCACCUUGCCUCCUGAACCCCCAUUCUAAAUCCCCAAAAUUCUACUUUCCACCCUGUGACACAUUCACUGUCAUUCUACUCAAACCCUUGUGGCUUGUAACUCCUCACCCAGAGUUGGGAAUUGUUUCCAUGGGCUAAAAUCAAAGGCUCAGGUGUUUUUGACCCCGUGCCAAGGUCUCUGAGCCCCCUGCCAGGGUCUGGAGUCCUCCAGGGCAGCCAGAGGAAUGUCCUGGGAUCUGACACUGAGCUGCAAAAUCCCAGCCCAGAGCCUGAUACACCACACCCAGAGGGUGCUAAACUUAAAUCUGGCUUUUAUUUCUCUUCACGAUCCAAAGCAGUUUUAAAAUCAUCCAUCAGUAAAAUCAGUAGCCUUCUCCAAAACCCUAAAUAGUCCAGUGACUUGUGAAGUUCUCCAGAAUUCAUUCCUUUCCCUCCAUGAGUUUCUUUGUGGCGUGUGUGCUGCUGGAAAUGGGAGGUGAGCAGGAGUUGUGGUUAUCAGCUGUGUGUUGCUAACACUCCUGUAAAUCUUGGAAACAUUGGAAAUGGUGUUAAUAUCCAGUGUGCUCCAUGGAAUCAAUGGUGAAAGCACUGCACAGGGAUGAUUCAAGAGGAAUUUGUCGUGGUGAUGGAUACUAAUAAAAGUA